AUGAAUUAUAUUCGAGGCGCCGUCAAUGCUAUUAGUGCACCAUACCAAUACUAUAAAGAUCUUCCUCCAAUCAAUCCGUCAACAUUGACUGGCGCAAUCGACGUGAUUGUCAUUAAACGGCCCUUAGACGACGGUGACAUCGAGCUCGCCUGUUCUCCAUUUCAUGUUAGAUUCGGAAAGCUACAGGUUCUGCGUCCAGCGGAGAAGAAGGUCAAUGUCUCCGUCAAUGGUCAUCCAAUUCCGUUCGACAUGAAGAUCGGAGAUGCUGGGGAGGCCUUUUUCGUAUUUGAGACGGAGGGUGAAAUACCAGAUGACCUCGUUACUAGUCCAAUACUGGCAGCUACAAGGUCUCCAGAAGCUAAAGAUGUCAGCGUGCCGAUCGAUAAUUUCGGUGCUAAGCAACACGAGGACAGUAUUACAAAGACAGAAGAAAAGGAGGACAUGCAGGAACCGGAAUUUCUUGAUCUCAAUGCUACCGCUACUACCAAGGACACUAAUGAACUCUCCCUAUCCAAACCACCGUUACCUUCGCCGCCCGCCACUCCACCCCCAGUUGCUGCUGAGACGUCGUCUCUUUUAUCAAGUACUGGAACACAAAUGAACCCGUUAGGUGAGGUCGAUAAUGCAUUAAGAGUCAGUGAUAGCGAGGUACACCCUCCCGAUGUUCUGUAUCAAUCAGAUAUGGCGUUAGACAUGUCAGGGUAUCAUUCCCAUGGUCGCGAGGCGUCCGAUCGAACGGUGACAUCUGAAAGCACACGAUCCCCGAGUCCUGAGCAUUCACCAUUUUCACCCUCGGUCAGACCAAAGAGCAUAUCCCUUCUCAAGACAGCCUUUCCUGUGCAACGUGCUACAUCUGAACCUCCACCAGACUUUGACGAACAGCGUGGAGUUGUAGAUCCUGAUCAUACACCUGUACAAGAGUAUUCAUGGGAAUGGGGUGGUUUUCCUCAACCGUCUCCAUUAAGAACGGCAUUCCCCAAGGCUAGCAGGCUGGAUCACAAAGGAAAGAACAAAGCAGCCUUAGAUCUUGUUCUCCCGUCAUACCUCGAAGAGGAGCUAUCCACUAAAGAUGACUCGAGUAUCAUAAGGAGCCAUAGCGUACCACUUGAGGUUGAUGGAAGUCCACGCACAAUACGUCCUGAAUUGUCUACCGUAGAUGACCGUGAUGGCGAAGGGCCUGGUCCCGGAGGCUUUGGCUCUGGAGGGAGGUUAACUGCCAUUCGGGAAGAUCCCACUAAAUUUCAGGUCUGGAUCGAGGGAAAGGUCAUAGAAUUCGAGUUAAGCAUUGUAGAGUCUGAUCAGCGGGGCAGUAAAGUUUUCGAUGGCGGUGACGAGGUUGAAGCAGCACGGCUAUUUGAUUCGGGAAAGAUCGAUUAUAGUAGGUUGCUGAGGGAUGAUACAGUCGUCAGAGACGAUAAACUAGUCAUCAAGUGGGUCGGGGGACAAUUCAUCACUCGUAGUGAUGGUUCACCGCUGAUGGAGGCGCUUUGUCUAUGGCGCGAUGCGGCACUUCAAGAUUACUAUACUGAUCCGCCAGCUCUUCCGACACCGCAACCUUCACCAACGUAUGAGGAGGAACCAUUUUCGUCGUCGUCGUCAUCUGAUGAAGAGCAGAAGAUGGCAAGCCCCAAAUCCGUAGAGCUAUCACGAAAACCAACUUCUUCGAGUUGGGUACGAUGGUGGAGUCGAAGUAGGGACAAAGACGAAGAACUCAAGUCUCAGAGGAGUAGACCUGUGCUACGAGGGUCAACCUCCGUCCCUUUGAAUGCAGCUGUAAAGUCCAGUUCAAUGCCCAAACCGCGAACUCAUGCACCCUCUGUGUCAGCUCCUGCUAUAACUCCGCCACCUGGCCAAGCACUACAACCAUCAGGAUCUGAUUUGGAGGCAGCCCUUCGAGUUAAGAUCGUUGAGAGUCGGAGGAAGUACGCGAAGACAUUAAGACUUUCGUCUGAUCAGCUGAAAUCUCUCGAUCUCAAAUCUGGUGCGAACACAAUCACAUUCUCGCUUUCGACGACAGGUGUUCCAGUAUGCACGGCACGAAUUUUUGUGUGGGACUCCACAGACCAUGUCGUUGUGUCCGAUAUUGAUGGGACUAUCACAAAGUCGGAUGGUCUUGGUCACAUUUUCACGAUGAUAGGUCGUGACUGGACGCAUCUUGGGGUGGCGAAGCUGUACACAGAUAUUACCCGAAAUGGCUACAAGAUCAUGUAUCUCACCUCUCGUGCCAUUGGACAGGCAGACUCAACCCGAGAUUAUCUGAAAGGAAUCAAGCAGAAUGACUACCAGCUACCCGAAGGUCCUGUUAUCAUGAGCCCAGAUCGGUUGAUGGCGUCGCUACAUCGGGAGGUUAUCAUGCGCAAACCCGAAGUUUUCAAGAUGGCCUGUUUGCGUGACAUCCAACGGCUGUUUGGAGAUGCCUCGCGUAGUCCUUUCUAUGCUGGUUUUGGUAACCGCAUAACGGAUGCACUAUCAUAUCGCAGUGUAAACAUCCCGAGCGCACGGAUAUUCACGAUCGACUCGUCCGGAGAGGUAAAGAUGGAGCUGUUGGAGCUGGCAGGUUAUAAGUCUUCCUAUAUACAUAUGACGGACCUUGUUGAUCAGAUGUUCCCUCCAAUCAACCGCAAAUGGACUCCAGAAUUCACAGAUUUCAACUAUUGGAAGAUACCCGUCCAAGAGUUCGCACUGCCAGAUUUGACACCACCAUCGCCUGCUCUUAGCGCACGUUCCGAUACAUCUAAUCAAAGCACGCUUGCUAGGAUACGAAACUUCAGUCUGGUCGGCAGUAGGCAAUCAAACAACAUGAAGCAGUUUGCGUUGCCUCCACCAACCACGGAAAUGGUGCGACGCGACCGAGAUAACAGGAGCUCACAUCUCAGACAAAUGUCUUCUCUGGAGCGGUUGAGUAGUACAUUCGCUGCUUUCACACAAUCGUCACCCGUAGAUGAGAGUGGUAUGAGUGCCAGUCCUGCAUCAAGGUCAUCGUCAUCUACCUUCCUCGAUUCUGGUUCUGAAGAUGGCGCGGAGGAUGGUGAAGAUGGUGCAUUCAAGCCGAGGACAAGGGCAAGGAGCAGAAGCAUAACUAGUAUGCCAGGAUCGUUAGACGACAUGCAUUUUGGUUUGGAUGAUGAUGAUGAUGAUGAUGAUGUAAAUGGCGACGUGGAAGAGGGUUAUGGUUAUGAUGGUGGAGAAGAAGGGCCAGAGAAUGAAGAAGAGGCCGCUGAGGAAGCGUUCGAUGAGGACUUUUUUGCUACAGGUGAGAUGAAGCAUGUGCCGUUUUUGUAAUCGUAAUAAUUAUACAUAGUACAUCGAUAUCAAUAAAAUAGUGUCAGUAUGGGA